AUGUCACUCAAUGGACUUGACGAUCCCAAGGUGGUUGAAGCAUAUGAAGCUGCAACUGCUGAACCUGGAGGCUGGUUUCUUUUAAAAUAUGAAGGUCGGGAUGAGGUUCAGGUUUACAAUCGUGGCAAGGGCGGCAUUGGGGAAGCGCGCAACGCCGUCGCCGAGUAUGACGAGACGAGUCCUUUAUAUGGCUUCCUGAAAUAUCGAAGGCGGAGUGUAGUGUUCAAAUACCUUCCUGAGGACUGCUCAAGAAUCAUCCAAGCACGUGUUGCCGUUCACUUCAACGCCGUAUGCGAGCGAUUCUCGCCAUAUGACACAAUCUUCGAGAUUACAACCGCCAGCGAACUGAAAGACAGCAAGUUGUCUGCCGCAUGCUCUCUUCAUACAGCGACGUGCUCGACUUCGUCCUCAACGAGUUCACUACGUCAAAGAAGGCUUAUGGAGAUUGCCGAGGAGAAAGAAGACGAGCAGCGCGCCGCGAACCGACAAUCUCUGCAAGGCGCCGACGACCAAGGGACCCUGGGCCCGACUGACAGGCCUCUGACAGCGGAACCUGUUUCCCUCAACUCGGAUUCUGCGUCGCUUGCCGAGAACAACAACGAGCUCUCGGCGGCUACGAAUGAAGCCUCUCAAUUCAUCGACGUCACGACGCCUUCGGAUUCCGACGUCUUCACAAUGAACUCAUACUUUCACACCAAACCCAAGGUUAAGCUUGGCCCUCGACCUUCAGCUGACGCCCAUGGUCGGCAACAGGUUGCAGGCAACUUCAGGCCUGUAUCCGCCGUACCAGCAGGUUUCAAACUGUUUGGCAAAGUUGGGAGAAGGGGCAAAGGGAGGGACAGCAGCUCCGCAUCACCACUUCGGGAUGAGAAUGGAGACGCUACUUCGAUAGCUGCCGCCAGUAUUGCCUCUGAUGAUACGCAGGAUCGGCCGGGGACGAGCUCAAGUUCCGUGACCGACUCCGCUCCGCUGCCUUCUCCCACAAUGAAGAAGCCAGCCAUCAGCCGGGAGAAAGCCAGGUUAAUGAAGGCCAUGAAGCUGAGAGAGGAGAAGAAGAAGAUGAGCAUGAUCUCUUCGGCGGAGAAGCCCUCAGCAGAUGGGGCAGGGGCAGUAAACACCGAGGAAAACGUCGCACGAGGGCCCGAUGAAGCCAUGCCGACGCCCGAACCCGACGCCUACUCUGAGAAGCGUGCCUACCGUCUGUCGUUGAACAGGGACGAAUCCGCCCUCGUCACGGACAACUGUAGCCAAUCAUUGAUCACCGCGGACCAGAGUUCCCUCCUGACUCCAUCCGACUCUCACCCGGCAAGCCCCGUCGUCGGCUCUUCGGAAACAGGGCACUCUUCAAAGGCGUCGUCCAUAUCAGAGCCCACGGACGAAGCGAUGCAAGUCAAAGACAAGCAAGCUACGCCACAAGACGAGGCAUUCAAAGCAAGUCACCCUUCAGUUGCGAUUGUAGCCAAAGUUGCAGAGGAUCCCGCUGCCACAGUCGCCCAGCCGCCCACAGCAAGCAACUCGGAUGAGAAUGGCGACGUUGCUCCCUCCAAAGGCGAGACCUCUGAAAGCGCUGCUUUAGCGGUUCCCAAGCUUCCCGCCCACGAUCCCGCGAGACGUGUCGACGAUGGCCAUGCUCCCACAACCGUCGCGUCUACGCCGCAAGACACAGCCGCACUCUCGGACCCCACAUUCUCGGCGGGCAUUGCGGCGCAGUUUUCGUGUGAGAAAGACGAGACGCCGGCGCAGGAUCUCUGCACCGCUGUCGAGGCAGCGCCGCAGCCAGGCGCCACCACCCCCCCCGCACCCGUCGAAGAACACGCGGCCAAGGUAAGCCAAUCUGGAACGUCGUUAUUGGCCGUCAAGAAUGAGCCAAGUGAACGGCGUUCGCACAAGGAAUCCGCGCAGACAACGGCAAACUGGGAACAGCAGGCCGAGACCACGAGCGACAGCUGUUCUCAGAGUGUCGUACUCGAGGAAGGCACACCAAUCACCAUCAUCAGGACCCCAGUCACUUCCAACUUUCCCCCGGGCCCUCUCAAAGGAGAAGACGAGCGGCCAUUGUCGGCGCAUACAGUUCGCACAGUCUCCAACCCCGUGCGCGGAAACCUGAUCAGCCCUGCAGACCCGUCUCAGCCGUCGGCGCGAUCGCUGAGCUCGGGCGCCGCCUACGUACAUCACUUGGGGCAGCAACAGCCGGGCGGCCAUCUGCUCAAGAAAUCCAACAUUGGCUCCAGCAUCUCUCAGCGAAUCAAGGCGCUGGAGAAGCUAUCCGCAGGCUCGGCAGGCUCGGCAGACGCUCCGGCGCCCGGCGCGAGGGAGAGGCCGUCUUCGACCUUCUUCGCGGUCAAGAAACGAGAGGCAGCUCGAGCAAGCUCUGUCAUGGCCAGGGCAAACUCGUUCCGAAACCAGACUCCGCCGUCGCCUGAUCAGACGCAUGAUUCGUCGCCAGAGGCGGGCAGACGUAAUCGACUGGAGCGAUCUGGAUCCGUGACGAGCCGAUUGUCCCUGUUCGAAACGCCAAUCACCAGUCCCAGCAAACGGACGCUGGGACCAGCUCCCCCCACCGGCGGCAGCAGCAACAGCAACAGCAGCGGCAGCGGCAGCGGCAGCAACGCUGGACGUGGCAGACCCGAGGCCGUUUCGGUCAUGGCUCGAAUCAUUCGCGAUCCGAACCAGUCGGCGCAAACUGGGUUUGACCCUUGCAGAGAUCCAUCCGAGUACGGCCACCUCGAGUUGAAGCAGUCGCCGCUGUUGGUUGACCAUCACACCUCCUCCCUGCCAGACAGAGCUCAACAUCACCAUCAGCAGCCCCCGGCUGAAGCGGCUCAGCAAGCAAAGUUGAAGAGGUCCCGGCCGCCAUCCAUCAGCAUAGUCAAGGGUCUCAUCAAGGAGAGACGCAGGUCGGCCGCCUCGGACGCGGAAAACUCGCUUACCUCUCCUGGCCGGGCCGAGUCGGCGCAUGCAAACGCUGCCUUUUCUCCUCGCCUGUCCCUAAGCAGCCACAGGUCAUCCUUUAGCAAGGACCGAGACCUUGUCCUGUCGUCUGGCGAGUCCGGCUCGGGCGACGACGCCAAGUCGUACAAGAAGCUGUCCCGAGCUGGCCGGUUCAUGCGGCGGCUUUCCAACCUAUCCAGCUCCAAGUCCAAGAACAGCAACAAUAACAACAGCAGCAGCAGCAGCAGCAGCAACAAUAACAACAACAACAACAGCAACAACAUCUCUCCCCUGCCAAACCACAGCACCAGGGACCAAUGUCUCGAGCCGGCGCAGGCCCGACCGUCCACCACGGGGACGCCCAGCAUCGUGACGUACAUGGGAGACGUCAACGUUCAGUUCCCCGACAACCUGCUGUGGAAGCGGCGGAACAUGUGCCUCGACUCUCAGGGCUUCCUGAUCCUCAGCGCCCUUCCCGCCACGACGGGCCGGCCCGCGCCCGGCACCAAGCGCUACCACGUCGGCGAGUUCCGGGCUCCCUACAUCCCCGACGUGGAGGUGCAGGAGCUGCCAAACAGCGUUGUCCUGGACUUUAUCGAGGGUUCGGGAAUCCAGGUCGCUUGCGAGGACCGCAACGGACAGCUGAGAGUUUUGCAGAUUUUGCAAGACGCCCACUCGACGCGAGGCAGCAGCACCUAUGCUCUAUGA